AAUCCUUAUCUCUUUGCCGAGCGACCCAGACCCCUCGCACCGCGGAUCGGACCUGGCUAACUUUGGGUGGGAAGCGCCGCCACUCAUCACGCUGCCGAGCGCCCGAGCCCCCUAGCUCGUCUUCCUCCGAGCGCCUCCACCGCAGUUGCAGAUGCCAUUAAUUUGCUGCUUACAACUGUGAGCGUGGUGAUUUAACUGCCCUAUUCGUGGUUAUUCAACUGUGUGGUGUUUCGCAGUUUCGGACCUAUCGCCUAUACAAUGCAAGGCAUCUCUGCGUGUGAUUCUGUUUCCUCACCACAUGGAACAAACUGCAGAUCAGCUUGUGUUGCUAGGAAUGAUCUGAGGUUAUUUUACAAAAUAAAUUCAGUAAGUUGUGGAGCAUACGCAAGGCGUUGGUGUGGGGAAAAACUACACAAGAAGAUCAACAGCAGACGAGUGGGCAAUACCGUUAGGACUAAUGCUAGAUGGCUAUUUGGAGGAGAUGGACGCAACAGUAACAGUAAUGCUAACGCUAGGCUGGAGCGCAGUGAGUCUGCUAAUGAAGACAUCUUAAUCUUCUACUUCCAGCUGGAUCUACAGACUCGGAUACAAUAUGCAUUAAAUAUAGAGCAAUUUGAUGCGGCAAAGCAAUUGAGGGAAAAGCUCACUGAGAUCGAAACGGAGAUAACUAGGCAGCGUGAAGCUAAAAGAGGUUCAUCAAAGAAUGAAGCUCAGGAUAAAUCUAUAAAUCUCUUACGUGUGCGUGCAGACUUGCAGAAAGCUAUUGAGAGCGAGAACUAUGCUUUGGCAGCUGAAUUGCGUGAUGCAAUCGCUAAACUUGAGGGCGAGUCUCUAGCGCUCUCUGCUAAAGCUCUUGCGUACCAAAAUGUGAAAUAUGAGUUUCGGCUAGGGCAAAAAGUACGUCACAAGGUACAUGGAUAUAGAGCAGUGAUAUGUGGCAUGGAUCCUGUGUGCUGUGAAUCCAAGUCAUGGAUGGAGACGGCAAAUGUGGAAAAGUUAUCCAAAGGACCAAAUCAACCUUUUUAUCAAGUGCUGGUUGAUGUAUACGCUGAUCCAGAACUCCUUGUUGCAUAUGUGAAAACAACGUAUGUCCUCUCCGUGGUAUUCAGAUACCGUUGGCAGAAGAAAAUCUUUCAGCAGCUGGAGAAUCAGAGAAAGGAAGAUUUGAUCACCCCUACAUCGAAUUUCUAUUCUAUGGCGAGGACACAGCUAGGGACUUCAUUCCUAUUAAGCAACUCCGUGAGAAGUAUGACCAGCAACGUUAUGAAGCAUCUGGAGACGAAAAUGACGACGAUGACCAUCCAAAUAGCUGAAUAGUGAGGUUCCAGUGAAAUGGCAUCAGGAAUGGCGUCAAAAAAACUGCUGACCUUAGAGGAUCGAGGGAUAUACACUGUCUAGUUCACGAAGCAUUGCUUGAUAAAACUUCCUCGUGCUCUGUGAAGUGUCCAUUCUAAUGUCAGUGAAGGUCAAGAUUCUUACAGGUGUGCAGUCUAUAUUUGCCCCAGUUCUACUGCAACACUGCUCCCUCUGAUGGGCACAUGUACAGGGCCUGCGUAUGUACAUAACUAGAUACAUCAUAUAAUACUUGCAAUUUUUCCGGAGUAUACAGAGCAACCGUUAUCGUACA